AUGAGCUUCCACGCAUCUGCUUCCCACAUCGAGCUUGAGGAUGGACACAUCCUCAAGGCUCUUCUUCGCAACGAGGAUGGUGAUGAGCAGGAGUCCACCCUUGAUCUCAAUGAACACAUCGGCAAUGACAAUGGACACUUCCACUGGGAAGGCGGUGACUUCCAGUCCAGUGCCGACAAUAUCAGCUUCGAUCUCGAGGGAGACGAUAAUGUCCCUAUUCUGCGCGCUGUCCUGCGCGACGCCGAGGGAGAGGACCACGAUGCGGAUAUCAACCUGUCGGAGCGCAUUGGAAACGACAAUGGACAUUUGGUCUUCAACUAG